AUGGCAGACAACUAUUACGACCUGGGCGACUACGCAUUGCCCGUGAGCACCACCUCGGCCGAUGCACAGCUCUGGUUCAACCGCGGCCUGCGCUGGGCCUUUGCGUUCAACCACGAAGAGGCUGUGCGCUGCUUCCGCAAGGCCACCGACCACGACCCGCGCUGCGUCAUGGCCUACUGGGGCAUUGCAUAUGCGCGCGGGCCCAACUACAACAAGGCGUGGGUGCGGUUCGACCGAUCCGAUCUGCAGCGCGCAUUUGCAGAGGCCAUCGAGGCACUGGCGCAUGCCGUCGCGCUCCAAGAGCAAGGGGCCCCCAGCACGCCCCGUGAGAAGGCCGUGGUCGAGGCGCUUCGGCAGCGGUUCCCAGACGACCCGGCAGCCCCGGCCUCGUUCACGCCGGACACGCUGGGGCAGCUUGACGAACGAUAUGUCGUGGCCAUGCGCAGCGUGUACAAGGCGUUCCCAGACGACCUCGAGGUGGCCGGACUCUUGACGGAGGCGCUCAUGUGCGUCAGCCCGCGCCGCUUGUGGGAUCUGAGCACGGGCGAGCCGUUGUACCACACGACGGAAGCGCGGGCCGUGCUGGAACCGGCACUGGCCAAAGCACCGGCGCAUCCCAUGUUUUGCCAUUUGUACAUUCACCUGAUGGAGAUGUCGCCGUUUCCUGAAAUUGCGCUGCCGGCGGCCAAUACGCUGCGCACGCUGAUGCCGCAGGGCUCGCACAUGCUGCACAUGCCGACGCACAUUGACGCCGCCGUCGGCGACUACCAAAACGUCGUCGACUCGAACCACCGGGCCAUGGUGGCGGACGACUUUUACUUUGCGCAGCAGUCGGCCACGUCAUCGUCGUCGCCGCCGCCCGUCCUGUACCACCUGUACCGCAUCCACAACGUCUAUGUCAAGUGCUACGGCGCCAUCAUCUCGGGCCAGUCCCAGGCCGCCAUCGACGCAGCCACGACCAUCCAGACGCUCAUCACCCCGGCGCUGCUGAGCAUCAAGAGCCCGCCCAUGGCCGACUGGGUCGAGAGCAUUGCGGGCGCUAUGGCGCACGCGCUGAUCCGGUUUGGCCGCUGGGAGGCGGUCUUGCAGUGGCCGCUGCCGGCUGACGAGGACCUGUUUACGUCGACGGCGGCCAUGGUCUACUACGCACGGGGCAUUGCCUAUGCCGUCACCGGUCGCAUCGCCGAGGCAGAGGAGGCCCAGACGAAAUUUGAGGCGGCCCGGCUGCGGGUCCCGCCCACGCGGCUCAACGCCCUCCCCGUACUGGAAAAGGACGUAUUGCUCGUGGCACAGGCCAUGUUGGCUGGCGAGCUCGCCUACCGCAAGGGCCGUGUCGACGAUGCGUUUCAGCACCUGCGAGCCGCGGUCGCGGCCGAGGACCGGCUCCCGUACAGCGACCCGCCGUCCUGGAUGCAACCGGCGCGGCACGCCCUCGGCGCGCUGCUGCUCGAGCAGGGCCGCACCGACGAGGCCGAGCAGGUCUACCGAGACGACCUGGGGUUCGGCAACCUGCCGCGCCGCAAGGCCCGCAUCAACAACGUCUGGGCCCUGCACGGCCUCUGCGAGUGCCUGGAAAAGAACGGCAAGACGGAGCAGCUCGCCAUGUUGCGCAUCCAACGGGACACGGCCCUGGCACUGGCCGACAUUCCGCUGCACGCGUCAUGCUAUUGCCGGCUGACGGCAUUUCCCGAGGGCGAGCACGCGGGGGCAGCGAAACACUGCUGCUGA